AUGAGGGAGAGGAGGGUGGCCGAGGACACAGUCAGCGGGUGCUGGCUCUCCACAGGUCAGGAGGGCGGAGACAAGCCCCCGGCUGCCAGGCUAGAGGAGGAGGAACCCCUGCAGAGUUCAGCCCCCCACACUCGGGAAGCCCCAAGUGAGGACGUGCCCCUCUCCUGCGCUGCUCCCGGGGAGAAGCAGCCAUCAGAGGCCCCUGGAGAAGUAGCUGGGGCCGGUGCUGGGAGAGCCUGCCAGCGCCAGGGCUCAGGGGCUCUCCGCAAAGACAGAGCCCUGGGCCCGCCUAGACCCCAGCCUCAGGGGGAAGGACAUCCUCUCCCGGUGAGAGAGGGGAAGCUGGGGAAGAGGCCCUACUCUCCAGCCACCGGUAAGCAGAAAAAGCCUAACGCCGUGGGUCUGGACUCCACGGCAUCUCCCAGUGUCGCUAACCCAGCCCGGGCCACGUACAACCCAGUGCCUUGUGGGUCAGGCCGGGGCUCCUGCCAUCUGGCCAACCUCCUCAGCACGUUGGCCCAGAACAGCCAAAACACAGACCAGAAGAAGUCCCCGGAUGUGACCUGCCAAGGCCGGAAAAAGACGCGGACUCUAUACCGCUCGGACCAGCUGGAGGAGCUAGAAAAGCUCUUCCAAGAAGACCACUAUCCAGACAGCGAUAAGCGCCGGGAGAUUGCCCAGACGGUGGGAGUCACCCCCCAGCGCAUCAUGGUAAGGGUACUUGCCCUCAGGCUCGGGGUGGAGGAGAACCCACGCGCCGGCACUCUGGAAGAGCCAGACAACCCCUCGGGUGUCUCUCCCCUACAGGUGUGGUUCCAGAAUCGCCGGGCAAAGUGGCGAAAAGUGGAGAAAAUGACCGGGAAGGAGAGCACGGACGCUGCUGCUGGCCCUGCCCUCAGCCCCGCCAGCAACCAGUGCAGUUCUGCAGCCGGACCGCCACCUGCUGUGCCCGCGGACCGGGAGCCUGGGACCUUCGCUCAGGAGUCCCCACUGGAUCCCCUUCCAGAGCCCCCCAUGCUGCUGACAUCUGACCAGACUCUGGCCCCGACCCAACAGAGUGAGGGUGCCCAGAGGGUGGAAGUGACCCCACCACUCUUCAGCCCCCCACCUGUCCGAAGAGCCAACCUUCCUUUCCCCCUCGGCCCCGUGCACACCUCCCAGCUGAUGUCUUUGCUGCUGGAUACCCCAGGCAACGAGAGCAGCCGCAAGGAUGGCCCUUGUGGGUCGUGGGGGACAAGCGUCACGCCACCCCCCGCCUGCUCGUACUUGGAGGAGCUGGAACCCCAGGAAUAUCAACCCAGCAGCCAGCCAGGACCGUUCCAGUUCUCCCAGACUCCACAGAGCCAGCUUUUCCAACACCCCCAGCCCCAGUUUCCAUACCUGCACCCCUUCCCCUUCCACAUGCCCAGCUCCCUGACCCCUCCACUGCUGGAAGACUCUCUGUCUGCAUUGUCCUAUGGCCCCAGCGGGGGCACAUCCCAGGGCUACUUCCCGGGCCCUCCAUCAGGGCAGAUCCUGCUGCAGCCACCCGCUGGGAACAUGGGUACAGUCCCCUGGAAUGACCCCUGCUUGCCAGACCUGCCCUUCCCCAGUUCCUUCUGUCCACCAGCUCUGGGGGGCCCCCCGGGAGGGGACGGCUACUUCCUGGAUCUGUUUGCAGCCCCUUGUGCUCAGGCUUCGAGCAGGCAGUCUUCUCCAGGCCUCACCCGGCUUCCUGAAGGGACCAGGCCUGGCGCGGAGCCCCUACUCAGCAAGGCCCAAGAGGAGCUGCCCACCGCCACUGUGGAGCUGCCCUCAGCCCCCGAGGAGGGCCGAGAGGAAGACCAGACCGGCCAUGGCCCCUAGUGCUGGGGCCGAGGAGUGAAGAGGCCCCCCUGCUGGGGAGGGUUGGGACGCCCCAGAGUAGACGGCGGGUGAAGUGUUAGGAAAGACUGGAGUCUAUGGAUGGGGGUGGAAGU